GCUGUGUGUGUUCUCCCUCUUUUAUGGGAUAGCUUGUAAGUUCAAUGGUUGUUUACAGAUUUGUGAGGUUGUAAGGUUGACACAUGGGGAAACUGAUUGGACCGUUAUGCCACUUUUUCUGUGUGGGUGUGUCGAAAGGUCCUGCGUUACUGACUAACACACCAUUUAGUCUUUUUUUCCCUUGAGCCAGCACUUUAGAUCUGGCAUUGUUUUACUCCAUUUCUUACAGGAUCAAUGUGCACUUUGACCCAAAAGGAUAUCCUGUGCCUUCUCAGCAGUUGAGCGCUUUAAAGCCAACACAAAAAGAUCUCUACAGCUUUAUACACUUCUAUCGAGAUAAACAGAGAUUUACAGAAGCAUUACAAAGCUGAUAAAAGACGGACUGGAAUCAUCAACUUACAAACUUGACAAUGAUGGAAGAAGUACAAGAAGUGACAUCUACUCUGAGUGUAGAUUGUCAUAACAUCAACGUCACAGAGGCGUUGAAAGACGGGGACUCACUUACCUUCCUAAUUGUGUCUCAAAAGCUGUCUGGGACAGGGGAGUACCAUGUGGCUCGAGCCUAUGAUGAUUUUGAAUGGCUGCAGCAGCACCUGUUCUCUCAGGAGGAUGUGCCCGGGAUACAGGGAGUCAUAUGUCAAGGUGUUGAUGAUGAUCAAAAUGUUGAUGGUUCUCCUGCAGGUUUCCUUGGUUUAGGAGAGUGGCAGCCAUACUGUAAAGCAUUGGAAACCUUCCUCCGGCAGAUUGCUGCACACCGCAUACUCGGCAAAAAUAAAGCUGUAGAGAGCUUUCUGACCAGCUCAGAGCCUCCAGGCAGACAGAGAGUUAGGAAAAACAUUUUCAACCGGCUAAGUCAAGCAGUGGAAGAGAAGAGGAAAGAAGGCCAUAAGGAUGUGGAUGAGUUCUUCCAAACUGAACGUGAUCACAACCUUGUUCUUACCAGCUGUGCCAAGACUGCAGCUGAGAGAUUCCUGGAUGUAGUGCAAACUGAGCAAAAAAUAGCAGUGGCCUGUGGCCACUUCUCAGCUGCUCUGCACCUCUGUGUGGAAUCAGGGGAAGACUCUGACAAACAGGCUUUUUCUGUGGCUUGUGUGAAAUUAUCAGAAGUCUUUGAUUCUAUGAAGAAAAAUAUGACAAGUGUUGCUGAGAACAACGUGAGCACUCUUGGGCUAGGCCUGGACCUGGAGUCACGCUACCAGGAGGCAGAAAAGGAGAUGCUCUUUAGGAGAACCUGUAAACUAGUGGAGUUGGAGACUGCCAGAAGGAAUGCAGAGAAGGCCAAGCCUGUAAAGAAGGCUGCUAUGGAGGAAGUGAAGAAAGCGUUGGAGACGGAGUUUGGCCACAUUUCUGGAGUGGCUAAACAGGAGAUUGCAUGGUUCCAGGGUGCGCGUGUGGAAAUGUUGCAGCAGACUCUUGUUCAGUGGUGUGAAAAGCAGCUGCUUACAGCCAAAGAAAGUGCUGAGCAGUUCAACCAGCACCUGCAAGACUUAAGAGGGAUGGCCUAGUGACCCAUCUCUUAAUGAAGCAUCCUCAUUAUAUCUAAACAUAUCAUGCGAUAACCCGAACGUGUCCUUCACCCUGUUGUGCUGUAUUCUGAUACUUGCUGAUGCUAGUAGAUUCAAUUAAUAUCAAUUUAACAUCAAUAAUAUAUCAUAGUUUGUACACACAUUUACUUUGCUUCAUUCUCUCCCCAAUCCCACUCACAUACCAAUAAAGCCCUUAUAGAAAU